AUGGCAAACAAAGGACCUGCCUAUGGACUGAGCAGAGAAGUACAGAUGAAGAUUGACCAAAAGUACGACCCAGAGCUGGAGAUCAUCCUGGUGCAAUGGAUUGGUGGUCAGUGCGGCAAUCAGGUUGGCCAACCAGAGGAGGCUGGGAAAGCCGGCUUCCAGAAGUGGCUGAAGGAUGGCGUGAUCCUGGGUCAUCUGAUCAACUCCCUUGCUCCAGGCUCCAUUGCCAAAAUCCAGGCCUCCGCUAUGGCCUUCAAACAGAUGGAGCAGGUGUCCCAGUUCCUGAAGGCCUGUGAGAAAUACGGAAUACCAGCUAAUGACCAGUUCCAGACUGUUGACUUGUGGGAAGGAAAGGACAUGGCCAGUGUCCAGCGAACUUUGAUGAACUUGGGUAGUUUAGCUGUUACAAAGAGCGACGGACAUUUCAGUGGAGAUCCCAACUGGUUCCCCAAGAAAUCCAUGGAGAACAGACGUGAAUUCUCUCAAGACAAAUUAAAAGAAGGGCAAAGUGUCAUCGGUCUACAGAUGGGCACCAACAAGGGCGCCUCCCAGUCCGGAAUGACUGGUUACGGCAUGCCCAGGCAAAUCCUCUGA